UGACAAUGUAUUUGACCAUAACAGCCCUGUGUCUAGCCCUGCUUGUCUAUGUGGCUGACGCUGACUGCAGUAUUUCUGACUGGGGGCGGAGUCUGGACCUACAGGGAGUCUCAAAAUGUAACGACGGGAAGGACUUCCUCUAUGGUUUCUAUAGAAACGGUAGAACUAGCUGGGACAGGGACCCAUUGAAUUUGUUAGAAUUGGCGGAGUGCUGCGCUAGAAACGCGCCCUGGACAAACUCUACAACCCAAACUGUCUACUCCGACUGGUGGUACCUGUUGGAUAGAAAUAACUCUUGGGCCGUCUGUCCGGCUGGUUAUUUCCUUAGUGGUGUGUACCGGAGUGAAAACACGACGGGACUGUUGAGUAACAUAGAAGAGGGGCGAUGCUCCAAGCCCGCAGAUCACCCUACAUUCUACGGACACUGCUACGACCAAGAUACCACCAGCUGUUUUGAUGAAAUGGGAUGGUGUACAUGUAAUACGGGCUAUUACAUCACAGGAUUGUUUCGCGGUAACUGCGACCAGCUUAAUUGUUUAGAUACGCUUCACUGUUGUAAGACGGCAUCGGCGCCGGAAACAUUGGAUGAGGUGUUCGAUGUGAAGAGUCGCAUCAUGGAUACCACAAUGGAGGAGAUGGCAACGUUGGCGCACUAUCUUGGGUUUGCCUGGUGUUCGGGCUGUAGGUCACCGUACGUAGGGGAAGAUUUUAAAAGAAAUGGCUACCGCUGGGAGGCGGAUACGAGAGGACGCUGCGAGGGCUACAAGAGUGAGACUCGUCUAAGCAUGACCUAUGGUGAUUGGAGCUUUGCGGUCAAGGACAUCCGAUACGGCACUCCUAUCACGCAAGACUUGGCACCGGAAACGAUUGACUCUGGAAUGAUAUACAACAACGACCCAAUGGAGGUGACAAAAUAUAUAAGUAGAUUAGAGACCAGUAUCCGUAGCGUCACCCACACCACAACCAGUUCGUGGAAAAAUGGCCAAGAACUCAAUCUUAAAAUUAGCUACACCCCUCCCUCAGCGAUUGGUGGCGUUGGGGUGUCUGUCGGCUACACGUUCAACUACGAGAACAGAACCGCAACAUCUGACCAACACAAGACAGAACAAACACGGAAAUUGCUAGUCAUCACGUCAAAAACUCUGAGACCAUACACCGCAGCAAAGUGGAGUCUUGUACUCUCCAAAACUAGAACCUUUACAACCUACAUGGCUACUGUUAUUGCCAAGUUUUCCUUAGAACAUCAAGGUUUUUUGCGUUAUAAUGGACGUGCUGGCAGUAACGAUACCAAUUACUAUUACCAGUAUCGUGGUGUUGGAAAUCGACCAACGUUCAAAUACAAAUUCGGCGAUUCCAGCACUCCUUUCUACACGGCACUGAGGCGACAGAGCAACACCAACGCGUAUCCUUGGAUGUGGAACGAUAUGAAAAGUGCGUUCCCUAACGCACAGUGUUUAAUCGACGACCUGUGCGAUGAAAACAGAUACGUCUUUACCGUCUCCGGCAUGUUUGAUGACGUCAUCGGCAAACACGCCGAGUUCCGCUGGGACUCCGUGCCGUUACGCAAGCGAGCGGCCGACCGUCACGUGCAGGUUCCGGAUGAGAUCUUCCAGAAGUCUAGCCACGUGGCCAAGGCCGGUCCCAACGACGUCCCUCUGGUCAAGCUGGUUCCCCCUGUGGUCAAGCUGGUUCCCCCUGUGGUCAAGCUGGUUCCCCCUGUGGUCAAGCUGGUUCCCCCUGUGGUCAAGCUGGUUCCCCCUGUGGUCAAGCUGGUUCCCCCUGUGGUCAAGCUGGUUCCCCCAGUGGUCAAGCUGGUUCCCCCUGUGGUCAAGCUGGUUCCCCCAGUGGUCAACUCAAAGGUGAGGAACCGUGGCGAGUUGGAGAAGUUGACCACAUCCGGUUGAUAAGUUCUAACACACGGGACCUUGAUGUGAAUUGUUAUUAAAAAUGUGUAAUUAUUGUAUAAUUAC